AUGGCCCCGCAGGCUCACGCGGCGCCGGGGCGCGGGGCAGGGCGCGGACAGCCGACCGGGCGGCCAGGAGGAGCUCCGGCCCGGGAGCCUGGUUUUUGCGGGCUCUCGGCCCGGCCGGGUUCCCCGGGGGUGCCCGGCGCAUGGUCCGCGGGAGCCGAGGCCGGGGCGGCGCUGAGGGGGCCCGGCCCGGAAUCUGAGCCGAAUCAGGCCAGUGGCACGCCUGCUGCAGCCCGAGCGGACCCGGAGCGGAGCUGGAGCCCGUGCAGCUGCCGGAGCGUCCGUGCGCCCCGAGUGCCGCGCGCAGCGGAGUGCGCCCCGCGCCCAGCCCGCGGCCCCCCGCGCCCCGCGCAGCGCCCCCGCCAUUGGCUGCCGCCCUCGCCCCGCCCCCGCCCCGCCCGGCGCCGGCAGCACCACGGACAGCGCCGCGUGCCCGCCCGGCCGCCGGAGCCCCAGCCGAGUGCGCACGGCGGCUGGCUGCGAGCCCGGCGCGGCGGGCGCCGGAGCUGGGGGCUCGCCUGCGGUCAGCCGGCCCGCGCACCCAGGAGCCAGUCUCCGGGUCGCUCGGCCUGCCCGGUGCCCGCGGCCCCGGUGACCCCUGGCCGGCCCUUGUCGGGAGCCAGGACGCCAGUGGGGGGCUGGAGCGGGCCGAGCCCUGCUCCUCUCGCAGGCUCGCUGCACCCCAACUUGCAAGGGCUCCCGCCAUCCAAGCCUUCUGCCGCCCUCGGGCUGAAGAAGGACUCCCUGGGCUUAGCCCGCAGCUCCACGCUGAGCGGGCCCCAGAGCAGCGGGGAUGGACUCCAUUCAGACCCAGCCCUGGGGGCCCAGCUGUGCGACCUGGGGAGGUACCACGUUACUCCGCCCGUGGAGAGCUUCCUCUCUAAGUUGAGGUGGCAGGAGAAGGAGGGCUGGAGUUGGCCUAGAGGUUUGAGGAUGGCCCAGGCCGGGGGUGGUGAGCGCCCCCUAUCGGCGCUCGACCUCGUUGCCCCCGCGGGCUCCCUGUACGGACCCGCAGAGGUGACAGCUGAGGAGGGCAGCGGGCUGGGCGUGGGGGAGGGAGGCCGGCUGCAGCAGCGGGGCUGUCUGCUCCCUCCCUCUGCCUGUAGGGGCACUUGCCGGGAGGAGAGCAGAGCCCGGCCUCUCCGUGCCCUCCAGGAGCGCCACCCUCGCAGCUGGUGGGAGCCUGAACGCAUCGCCCCACCGGACCUUGCCCUGGCCUCGUCCACCUCUCGGGGCUCCUGUCCCCUGCUGGGCUUCUCCUGUGGUCACCAGGAAGCCCUCAGGGUCCCUCCAGGUCACCCGAUCUCGCCCGGCCUGUUCUGUGCUGGGACCCAGAGCGUGUGUGAGACAGAGCCCAGCCCAGAACCACACCUCUUUAGCCCCCAGUCCCUGGGCUCUGGCAGCCCCCUGGGGAGCCUGUGCCUGUCAGGAGGGAGCCAGCUGACCGUCUCGGGGCCGGGGCGCCGGAUCCAGUUGGCGAAGGCGUCCCUUGAGUCCUUGAGGAGGAAGCAGGGGCCUGGGGCGGCCCCCAAGGAGCAUCUGGCGGCCUUCGGGCCGGGUGCUGAUUGGGCGGGCGGCGGCCGACGCGACGACGCCGGGCGCAGCGAGUGGCCGGCGUCGCUGUCAGUCCGCUGGGCGGCCGGCCGCACUUCCGCCUCGGUGUCAGUGGGUCGCGGGCCUGCGGGGCGGGGGCGGGGCGGGCAGCUGGGCUCGGCCGGCGCCGGAGGAACCGCAGUCCAGGUGAGUGACCCGGCCGGGACCCCGACCCCGCGGCGUCCGGGAGCGGCGCCCGGCAUCUGGCGGGCGGGCCCGGGCCGGGCCGCGGGCGGCGGGGAGGCCGGGCCGGGCCGGGGGGGCCGGAACUCCGCGCCCCCUGCCCGCCGGCCAGGCCCGGACCCCGGCCGCGACCCGCCGGGCCUCCCUCCGCCCCAGCCGCCGGCCGCGUCCGGGCCCCGAGGAAACUUGGGAGGAAAGUUGGCGCCUGCGGCUGGGGCGGCCGGGAGCGGGGGCGGCCGGCAGCGAGGGCGGCGGGCCUGGGUCCCGGGCGGCAGCCCAGACCCCGCGUCGCCGGGCAACUGCGGCCCCGGGACCGGACUGCCGGCCGCUGCACCCGGAAGUGGGGCUGGAGAGCUGGGGCCGGGCGCCCGCCAGCCCCUCUCCGCCCGCAGGGAUGAGUCAGGGUGGGCGCGCAGGGCAGGGGCGCUAGGAUCCCCACCCCCUUGUGUCUGA